ACACUGACAGCAUACACAAUCAACGCACAUCAAUCCGCUAUAGCACUUUUUGCGCUCAAUAGUUCCGCCAGUCUCUUGGCAACUGGAUCUGUUAAGGGGACGGUGAUACGGCUUUUCGACACAAAAACAACAGGGCAGUUGCGAGAAUUCAGACGUGGCGCCGAUCCGGCCAAUUUGCAUUGUUUGCGUUUUUCGCCAUGUUCUAGUUUUCUGGCAGUUUCAAGCGACAAGGAUACCGUGCAUAUUUUUGCUGUGAAAAACGAUCCAAACUGGGCAAACAGGAAGACAGUUUGGCAGCAAGUUGGUUUCAUAGCCGAAGAGACGCGCCGUGCUUGCGUACAGCUGAAACUCUCCAGAGCAACUCAGUCAGCCACUCGUACAGAAUUGGCUUUUUUAACGGCCGGCAUUAACGAAGCGAGUGAAUUAGGCUCUACAGAAUCUCUGCGAACAGCGCAAGGCCGUUGUGGUCUACGCACUUAUGUAUGCCACGAUGGCGGCGAUUUGUGA